GAGCCAGUGGGCCAAGCUCAGGUCGCAGAUCAAGGCCUCCUGCCGGGAGCGCCGGCCAGUGCUCGGCGUGGCGUGGCUGAACGAGGUCAUCUCCGGCAAGGUGGACCCGUCGGAUCCACGCGGGGCCGCCCCACGCCGAGACCCCGCUGCGCGAAGCUGGGUGACCCAGGAUACUUUGGAGUCCCAGGUUCCAAUCUGCGUUGAGCGCCUUCCUGCUUCGGUGAUCGAGUGGCUCCCCCUCCUUUCCUCCUGUUCAGGGGGCGGGCGGAGACCCAGUCUGUACUUCCAACGCCUUGCUACUUCGUCUUUGCUGGACGCUGAGACGCCGGGCAGCCGUUCGUCGAGGGGAGUAGCCGUGCGUCGAGGGGAGUAGCCGCUCGUCGGGGUCAUGCCGACGAGGAGCAAGCGGCACAAGCAGAAACGAGACGCAGAGCACGUCUGUGCAGCUCUGCUGGACGCUCAGACGCCGGGCAGCCUCACAGGGAACCCCUCUCCCCCACACGGGAGAGGCGGGGCACGGCGGCCACCGAAGCCGUCAUCCGGCUCACGCCCCCGUACGUGAAGGAGGUGACGAUGGAGGUCGUGGACGGCGCCAGCGUCUGGGCUGGGAGGUUGCGCCAGAGGC